AUGAGUGAAUUAGAUAUAAAUUUGGACGCUUCUAAACAUUUGGAAGAGCUCAAGCAAUUAAAAGAGGUGGAUUAUGAGUUUUACAAAUAUCUUGAAGAACAUGGGCAAGAUUUACUUGAUCCUGCAGGAUUUAAAGAAGAGCCAAAUAAUGAAAUAAAUGGAGAGGAGAACGAAGAGCUGGUAAGAUCUGAGUUUGGACUUCCAAAGUUAGAUAGAGAAAAGUUUUAUCAAAUUAAAGAAAGCUUAGAGUCCACAAACUCUUUUAAAGGUCUGAGUUUACUAUUGAAUUGUUUUGGGUCAGUAGCAAAUAUAAAUAAUUUAGUUAAUGAAGAAAUCCCGGCUAAAUCUACUAUUGAAAAGACUAAAAAAAAGAAGAAGAAAUUGAAUGAUAAUUCGUCUGAGGUAAAAAGAAAUCAUAAGGAAAGAUCUCUAACUUUUCAAAUUGAUGAUCCUGAAUUGAUGUUUGAGAUUACUAUUUAUGUGCUCCAAAAGGUUCCUCAGUUGUUUUGGUCUCAUUCCUCAGGAGGAAAGAAAAUAGAAGAGUUUACUUCUGAUAUUAUCCCUGAAUCUCUUCCAAAGUGGCUUAAAAUAGAAAAAAUAUGCAGAAUAUUUUGGCAAGAUUUGAGUAAUUUAAUUCUGAAUAAUUGUUUAAGUCUCCAGCCAAAUUUGGAAUUAAUGCGAGAUAUAUUCAACAAGCUUUCGAAUCCGUUAUUAAUUCUUUGGAUAAUGCCAAAUAGGCUACUAACAAAUCGAUUCUCCACAUUAUUGUCUAGAAUAUGGACAAUGAAUAAAUAUGUUAUAUUAAAACAAGGGGCAUUUCAAGUUUUAAAAACUAUUAAUGCUUGCUUUGAUAAACUAUCUCAAAAUUCUAACAAUAAAAACUGCCCAAAAUUUCAGUUCUUUGAUCAUAAUGAUAUUAUAAAUCAUCCUAUUAAAAGGCAUGAAGAGUUUCUACUCAUUUUGCAUCGUACUAUUGGAAUUUCUGCAAUGAGAGGCAUUUCUUGGAAGAACUAUUUUUCUUCAAAGCAAGUUAUUAAUGACUAUUUAAUUCUUCUACAAGAGUCCAAUCAUAAAAUGGUAUAUAGAAUUUCCUAUAAUGUUAUAAGAAAAUUAGGAUCUAUGCUCAGAAUUCUGUACCUUCGUAUUUCAAGAACUAAUAACUCCAAGACCAAUUUAAAAAACAAAUUAAACAAUUCAGCAAAGCAAAAGAAACUUUUUGAAGAAGUAUUUCUUAAUUUAUUUAGCUGGAAAUUUUUAACUUUUAUUAGAAUCUGGUCAUUGGCUGUUUCUAAUAUUUCAGAGCUUUACCCACUACAAUAUCCACUUAUUACUAUAAUUACUUCCAUUGUCAAGCUUAAGUUAAGCUCUAUUUCAUUUCUUCCAUUCACACUUCAAGCUUUAGAGGUACUUUCUGAAGUUGCAAUAUCCAACAAUGUUUUUAUUCCAAUUACUGAAAUGUUGUUUGAUGCUCAUUCAACAAUUGAAAGGGGAAUUAAACAAACCUUUAAUAAGUCAUCUCAAAGUAAUCUAAAGAACCAAAGCAUGAUUACAACUACAAGUAAGCCUUUUAUGCCUGAAUUUGAAAUCAAAAUAGGAAACUCAAUUUCUAAGUCAUAUCAAGUUUAUGAUUCUUUACAAGAAUUCUGGAUUUAUAUAGUCUCAUUAUAUAUCUCCAGCUUAUAUAAGCAUCCAUCUUUUCCUGAGUUUUUGCUAGGUAUUAUUCCUAACCUUAAAAAACUUCAAAAGUACAACAGCAGACACUGGAAUGAUAAUAUUAACAGGCAAACCAAAGAUAUUAUUAAGAAAGCUGAAGCUCAUUCAGAAAUGAUUAAAAACCUCAGAAUCUCUAUAUUAACUAACCACGAAUUUCUUGAAUCUGUUUAUAAUAAAAAUUUAACUAACAACAAUUCUCUUCUUCCAUAUUCCAGUAAAAUAUAUAAUGAAUACGUCUAUAACUCUAUUAACUCUAAAGCCGAUUUUAGAGAAUUUUUAGAGUUUCAGAACUAUAUUAUUCAUAUUAAGACUCAAAGAACCGAACUAAUUAAGGGAAAAAUAAAAUUAUCAUCAAUGAAGACUUUAGACCAUACUGAAAAUGCAGAUUUUAACUAUCAAGAUUCUCCUUUGAAUGAUGAGCAAGAUAUAGAGUUUAAGAUACUUCUCCAAGAGCUACAAAAAGCUGGAAAAUCUAUCAAUGACAUUAAAAAUUUAGGACCAAGGCAACUCAAAAAACUGAAAAAAACAAUCAAAAAUCAAAUUGUUGACUUGAGGGAAUCAUCCUCGUCUAACAACCAAAUUAAAUCGAAUAAGAGAUCCUUGAUUAAUAAAGAAAGUCAAACAAGUAAUAAUAAGAGAAACAAAACUCACAAAUUAGAAAUCCAAAGCUCAAAUGAGCUUAAAACUAAAAUAAGCACAAGUGAAGUUAGUUCAAAUAUUAUUCAACAUGAUAUUAUUGAAGAUUGGGAUAUUAAUUCUGAAGAUGGUGAUAAUUAG